AUGUCAGCAACAGUACCAUUACUGCUGGAGGAAAAUAUCGAGCUUAGUUCACCGCCCAGUUAUAAGGAAGCAGUGGAUGCGGAAUGGACAUUGCAGGAUCGUUCAUGGCAACGUCAUUGGUUUUUUGAUUUUAAUUUUGCCAAGGCGACUGCAAAUUUUACACCUGUUGUCAGUGUCGGUGUCGCUAUUAGAUUAGGAUUUCUACGAAAAGUAUUUGGUAUACUAUCUUUGCAGCUACUCAUUACAGCUGUAUUUUGUAUGGCAUUGUAUGUAACGUUGAAAAUUCGUCUUUUUCUGCAACAACAGUUGUGGAUUGCAUUUGUUUCACUCAUCGGCUCAUUCAUUUUACUUUUCGCAAUGUUUAUUCACGCCCGUUCAGUACCUCUCAAUUACAUGUUAUUGGUGUUUUGGACUAUUAUGCAAUCCAUUACUGUAGGUGCUAUUGGUAAGCAUGAAGUAGCUAAUACCUCUAGUGGCAUGCAUUAUCAUAUCUUUUCACUUUCUUUCUUUGACGUAAAGAUCGUAAUUGAGGCAGUUGGUCUAACAGCAUUGACUGUUAUUGGCCUUUUCUUUUAUACACUUCAAUCAAAACGCGAUUUCCAAAGCCAUUGGGCUGCGUUAUUCAGUAUUUCCAUGAUUUUCCUGACUGCUAUCUUUGUGCAUCUACUUAUACCGUUAGCAUUAUUUGAUUUUUUUGUUGGCUGCAUUUGGUGCUGUUUUAUUUUCCAUAUAUUUGAGAUUUUGAAUGAAACUAGUCGAAAUUAA